AUGUACCGUACAAUAUAAAGCACUUCUUCAAAGCGUCAGAAGAAACAUUCAUGACCUUUAUGAUGUUUACUAUGUUUUUGUGAUCGCAUCACCGGCAAACAUACCAUUGUGCGACUAUGAGAGAGGAACAGAAUGCAGAACCUCAACCAGACCAACAGGAUGGGACUCCUGUCGGUCAUAUCAACUUUGCCUUCACACAGGAUGAGAAAACACACAACGAGAACCCAGAGAAUCCUCCAAAAGAGGACUCCAAAUCCAAAUCAAAAACCAAGAAGAAGAAGAAGGAAAAGUCUGAUAAGCCAGAGGAAAAAGGAAAAUCAGUUGGGUUUUUCCAGCUGUUUCGUUAUGCCACCUGUCCAGAGAUCUUCCUGAUGCUGAUUGCUCUUCUGUGCGCUGCUGUUAAUGGUGCUUCACUGCCCAUAAUGUGUAUUGUGUUUGGACAGAUGACUGACAGCUUUGUACAAAGUGGACAAAAGUUUAAUGUUACAGGAAACUUCACCCUUAACAUCAGUCCUUCAGCAUGUGUUCCUAUACCAGGAGUAGACAUUGAAGCAUCAAUGACAAAAUAUGCUUAUUACUUUAUUGCCAUUGGGGCUGUGGUUUUACUCGUUGGAACAUUCCAAAUCAUGCUAUUCAUACUGACGGGCACUAGACAGACCAAGCGGAUCAGAGAGAAGUACUUCCAUGCGAUCCUCCAUCAGCCGAUGGCAUGGUUCGACACGCAUCCCAUUGGAGAACUUAACACUCGACUCACAGAUGACAUAAACACAGUUAAUGAUGGCCUGGGAGACAAGAUCUGUAUAUUUCUGCAGUUCUUCUGCAGAUUUAUUACAGGAUUGAUUAUUGGAUUUAUUUUCGGCUGGAAGUUGACCCUGGUCAUUUUGGCAGUGAGCCCACUGCUGGCAGGUUCAGCUGCUGCAUGGUCUAAGAUUCUUGCAACUCUUACAACUAAAGAGCUGGCAGCCUAUGCUAAAGCAGGAGCUGUGGCUGAGGAGGUACUUGUGGCCAUUAGGACAGUCGUUGCAUUCAGUGGCCAAAACAAAGCUUUGCAAAAGUACGAAACUAACUUGGUAGAUGCAAAGAACUUUGGAGUGAAGAAAGCUAUUACCACAAACACGGCACUAGGGCUAACACAGUUCUUCAUAUUAGCAACGUAUGCUCUUGCAUUUUGGUAUGGCACAAAGCUCUCUGUGGAUGAACCAGAAAACUACUCCAUUGGAAAAGUCCUAACUGUCUUCUUCUCAGUGAUGAUUGGUGCAUUCUCUCUGGGUCAGGGAGCUCCCAACUUGGAGAGUGUUGCUAAAGCCUGUGGUGCUGCAUAUGCCAUCUACAGCACCAUUGAUAUGCCUUGUCCGAUCGACAGCAGUUCAAAGGAAGGCUACAAACCAGACAGUGUGAAAGGUGAAAUUGAAUUUAAAAACAUUCACUUCAGUUACCCUUCUAGAAAGGAUGUGAAGAUCCUGCAGGGAGUAAACCUAAAAGUGCCCAAAGGAAAGACAAUUGCUCUAGUGGGGGCCAGCGGUUGUGGGAAGAGCACCACCAUUCAACUGCUGCAACGCUUUUAUGAUCCAGAUCAAGGAGAGGUCACCCUGGAUGGUCGAGAUAUCCGCACUCUAAAUGUGCGUUGGCUGAGAGAAAACAUUGGCAUUGUGAGCCAGGAGCCUGUACUCUUUGGCACCACUAUUGCUGAGAAUAUUCGCUAUGGUCGUGAGGAUGCCACUGAUGAGGACAUUGAAAGGGCUGUGAGAGAGGCCAAUGCUUAUGAAUUUAUCUCCAAACUACCGGAGAAGCUGAACACCAUGGUGGGAGAGCGUGGGGCUCAACUAAGUGGUGGGCAGAAGCAAAGAAUUGCCAUUGCACGUGCUUUGGUUAAAAACCCCAAAAUCCUCUUGCUGGAUGAAGCAACUUCAGCCCUGGACACACAGAGUGAAGCCAUUGUCCAGGCUGCUUUAGAUAAAGCAUCAGCAGGCCGAACCACCAUAGUGAUUGCACACCGGCUGUCAACAAUCCGUACUGCUGAUAUAAUUGCUGGCUUCAAAGAUGGUCAGGUGGUGGAGCUCGGCACUCACAGAGAGCUCAUGAGCAAGAAAGGAGUCUAUUACUCUCUUGUCACACAACAGUCACAGGGGAAUCCAGAAGAUGAGGAUGAUGAUGAGGAUGAUGAUGAUGGUGAUGAGUAUGGUGAUUUUGAUUUUGAUGAUGAUGAUGAUGGGAUGGGAGAAACAUCUGACAAUCCUGAUGACCUGGUGGAAGUCACGACAAAAAACGGUGGACUUGAGAGAAAUUCAAUAAGACGUAGCAUAACUCUUCAAAGGAGAUCGUCAAAAAGGAAGUCAAAGCAGAAAAAGAAGUCAAAAAAGUCCAAAUCUAAGAAAGAGAAGAAGGAGAAAGAAAAGGUUGCAGAUGUCCCUUUCACCAGAAUUCUGGCUCUGAACAAACCUGAGUGGCCCUACCUGAUGGUUGGUGUACUGGCCAGCAUUGUGGGAGGAGCUGUCUACCCUUGUCUGGCUAUCCUCUUUUCCAAAAUCAUUGGUGUAUUUGCUGAGUUUGACCCUGAAGUGAAGCGAAAGAAGACUCUGAUGCUCUCUCUUCUGUUUCUCCUGCUUGGAGCUGUGUCAUUUAUCACCUGUUUCUUAGAGGGCUUCAUGUUUGGCAAGUCUGGGGAAAUUUUAACUAUGAGACUGAGGAGUCAGGUAUUUAAAGCCAUUUUGAGACAGGAAGUGAGCUGGUUUGAUGACCACAGCAAUGCAGUGGGAGUCCUAACCACUAAAUUAGCAACGGACGCAUCAAUGGCUAAAGGGGCAACAGGAUCUAGAUUGGGUUUGACCAGCAGAACUAUCUGCUCCCUAGGCAUUGCUGUGAUCAUUGCCUUCAUUUAUUGCUGGCAACUUACCCUUCUUAUCCUUUCCUGUGUACCGUUCCUCAUUGGGUCCCAUUACAUCCAGAUGAGAGCUCUGGGUGGUCAUGCAUCCAAAGAUCAGAGUGCACUAGAGAUGUCUGGCAAGAUAUCCACAGAAGCUGUUGAAAACUUCAAGACGGUGGUUGGAUUAACAAAAGAAGAUGUCUUCUUCCAAAAGUUUAAUGAGAGCCUCAGUAAACCAUAUCGGUCUGCCUUAUGUAAAGCACCUGUCUAUGGACUCACUUUUGCCUUUUCUCAAGCAAUUCCUUACUUCGUUAAUGCUGCAAUCUUCCGUUUUGGCUCCUGGCUGAUUGCACAUUGCUACACUGAAUAUGAGAAAGUUUUCCUGGUAUUUUCUGUUAUUGUCUUUGCUGCCAUGAGUAUUGGCCAGUCCUCCUCAAUUGCUCCGGACUUUGCCAAAGCUAAAUCUGCAACUGGGAGAAUCUUAAACUUGCUUAAGAAAGUACCUGAGAUUGACAUCUACAGUGAGGCAGGAGACAAACCAACAAACUUUAGGGGAGACAUAGCAUUCACUGAUGUGCACUUCUCGUACCCUACACGUCCAAACGUAAAAAUUCUGCAAGGACUAAACAUAUCAGUGGCUCAAGGACAGACCUUGGCACUGGUGGGAGGCAGUGGUUGUGGGAAAAGCACCUCAGUCCAGCUGUUGGAACGGUUCUACAACACUGCCAGUGGGCAUGUGUUAAUGGACGGGGUGGACACAAAGAAAUUGAACCUUGCUUGGCUGCGCUCUCAGCUGGGUCUGGUGUCUCAGGAACCCAUCCUGUUUGACUGCACCAUUGCUGAGAACAUCCAGUACGGAGACAACAACCGUUUGGUCAGCCAGGCAGAGAUUGAGGAAGCUGCUAAGAAUGCAAAUAUCCAUGAUUUUAUUCUUAGCCUGCCAGACAAAUACAACACACGUGUGGGAGACAAAGGCGCUCAGUUGUCUGGUGGCCAGAAACAGAGGAUAGCAAUUGCUCGAGCUUUGGUCCGGCAACCUAAAGUGCUGCUACUGGAUGAAGCUACAUCAGCCUUGGACACAGAGAGUGAAAAGAUUGUGCAGAAAGCUCUGGAUGAUGCUCGACAGGGCCGCACGUGCAUCGUCAUCGCUCACAGAUUAAGCACAAUCCAGAAUGCUGACAUCAUUGCGGUCAUUCAGAAUGGCAAAGUGGUUGAGAAGGGCACACACAGCCAGCUAAUUGCCAAACAAGGAGCAUACUAUGCCCUUGUAAAUGCCCAAGCCUCCCACUAACUGUUACUGUAUUUUCAUAAGCAUCUGUGUCAUGCAACAUUAUAUGUAGCAGAAUCUUACGCACAACUACAUGUACAGAAUAUUAGUUAUUAUCAUUAUAAAGUAAUACAUACUAAUAUCUAUUUUUCUGUCAACAAUCACUUGUAGUUUAUUCUUCCUCAUGUAGCUUACAUCUCACACAGAUAUAAUAUAUUUUUGUAGAAGUAUAUGUGUACAACGAUGAAGUUAUAGCGCAAUAUAUGGUCUUAAUGUAAUCAGUAAAAACAAAUGUAUUUGGUUGACAUGUAACCAAAUGCUUUUGUUGAUUUAACUUUAGAAAUCGAUAAAUGUUAAAUGACUCAAUGAAGGUGCAUGUCAAUGAAUCAAUUAAGGUACAUAUAGUACCUUAUUUAUAACCUACUUGUACUACAUUUCUUUGCAAUGAAAGGUUUUUAUAAAAGAUAUGACAUAGUACAUAGCCAAAGGUUUGUGGACACCUGACCGUCGCGCCCAUAUGUGGUUCUUCCCCAAACUGUUGACACAAAGUUGGAAGUACACUAUAGACAACUGUCUGUAAUGUCUUUGUAUGCUGUAGCAUUAGUAUUAGCGUUCACUAGAAAUAAGGGGUCUCUCCCAAACCUGUUCCAGUAUGACAGUGCCCCUGUGCUCAGAUGACAUGGUUUGCCAAGGGUGGAGCCUGACCUUAACCCCACUGAAAUCUUUAGAUAUGAACCAGAAGGCAACAGUGCUUGAGGCCUCCUCAACCACCAUCAGUCCCGGACCUCACUAAUGUGGCAGAAAAUCCCACAGCCACACUCCAAAAUCUAAUGAAAAACCUUCCCAGAAGGUUUGAUAUGAUGCUUCGGUGUCCACAUACUUUUGCCCAUAUGGUGUACUAAUUUAAUGAUAUUAUUUCUAAAGCUGUACUAAUUUAUUCUAAACAUGCUGUUUAUUCUGUAUCCAUCUCUGUAUAUGACUUCUGUAAAGAAUGUGAAUGUUCAAAAUCAUUUGAGAAUUUCAAUGAUAAUUAUGUUUUAUUUUGUUUUUGUAAGUAUGAUUGUACAGAGGAUUAAUAGUACUUUGAAGUGUAAAUAAAGAGCAAAAUAUUUGUUAUAAUG